CCAGGACUUGUAACCGAUAUCGUACUAGUGUAUCUAUAAGGAGUCGAAUGACUUCCGAGCCACGUCUAGCCAGGAACCGUGUCCGAAUCUUAAUGUUUUGACGGGCGCCUAUGUAUCAUCUGUGACGAUUGCAGCUACCUUCACCAUCCUGCCAUCCAGCACUAGCGGCAGCUGACUCCCUAGGCCUCUUUCUCUUACCCGUCCUUGAGCGUAUGUCUGUAUCAUGGCGACUGUAACACACUAUAUCUACUCGCACUACGAUCCUAAAGACCGUUCCAAGCUCGAGAGACAAACAGGACAAGUUGAAAGUGGAGUUUCAGAAGAGGUCCACGAAUCUGAACAUGAAGAGGACCCAUGGCAAACGGAAUCGUCUUUCAGCGCACAACGUCGUAUUGCUUUGGCACCUCGUUUUGUCCCAGCAAUUGUCUCUUACGAUGAAAUCAAUGACAUGAUUGGGGUGCCUCACGAUCUAUUCAAGCCGCCACCUCCGAAACGAGGUGACGAUGUUGCAGAAUGGUAUCGGUCUCUAACGCGGUCUGGCACUACUACCCCGGUCUCAUCGACAGAACGUAGUACCCCUGAUGCUGGGAGCGAAUCUACGAGGCCUACUACGCCGACACCAGUCGAGGCUAAGGGCAAACAUCGACCGAGCAAGAAGGAUUGGUUCAUUUCCAGGGUUCUGAAUGCGGAGCCGUCAGCAACACCUCCUACAACACCUCCUACUACAACACUCGCAGAUAUCCUCUCGCGAGAACCACUUCCGUCCGAGAAACCUCUAGCUCCUCCUGUUUUUCUGGCUAUUGGCCCCUCUAACAAAGGGUUUGAGAUGCUACAGCGUAGCGGGUGGAGCGAAGGCGAGACUCUAGGUGCUCAUGUAGUCCGGCGAGCUACGCCAUCGACUUUCAAAUCUAAGCGGACUAUCAAGAGGGAGGAGGGUGAACUUCCCAUAAAGCACGAAGAACGAGAGGUUCGGUACGGUACAGACGGAGAAGUGAGCGAGAUGCGCAAAGUUGAGGUGGUAGACUUGACAUUAUCCGAUGAAGAAGAGGAAUCUGUGGAGGAGGCGACCACGCCAACAGAGACACCAAAGCCUGAGGAUCUUCCUUCAGAACCUGCUGGCAAGGCACUGCUUACGCCACUUCCUACUAUUCUCAAAUCUGACCGCCUUGGAAUCGGUCUGAAAGCCAAGACAGCCGGUCCUUAUAAAGGUUCAAAGAAACGCGUCACACAUGGUCAAGCCGCUCUUGCGGCACACACUCGCGCCGCUGAGGAGAUGCGUCUGAAGAAGAGGAAGAUGGGCAGAGGCGCUAGGGCUUUUGCACGACAAGCGAGAGCAGAAUCGGAACAACGGCGACAACUGCUUGCUCGUCUCCACGAGAGGUAAGACUUCGCAGUGUAUGGUCAUCCGGACAUUUGCUCCAAGCUAUGGCUGCACCAGUGAGUUGUCAUCGCGUGAUCAAUGUCUCUGUUGUACUCUGAUCAUCCUGUCUCCCAAGGUGAUUGCAAUAUUUCGGUGACUCGGCGCCGUUCAGUGACUCCAGUCCGUAGGUUCCACAUGCGAGUCCGGUUUCAACGUAAAUAGACAUCAUCGGCGUUUAUGGUUAAUCAAAUCGCACAACACCCCUCACACACCGCGUCGACUCGUCGAUAUACCCAUCCGUGGAUUUGGACGAUGUUCUAUAGUACAGAGAGGUUGAACUUACGCUCAUAUAAGGAAUCUGAUUUGGAGCGG